AUGGACCUGAAAGAUGUAGUGGCUUAUGUGGAAGUGUGGUCAGCCAAUGGAACAGAAAAUUAUUCAAAGACAUUUACAAACCAACUUGUGGAGAUGGGGGCAAAGGUCUCAAAAACUUUUAACAAGCAAGUAACUCAUGUUGUGUUCAAAGACGGAUACCCACGCACCUGGGACAAAGCCCGAGAGAGAGGCGUCAAGCUCGUCUCUGUGCUCUGGGUCGAAAAGUGCAGGACGGCCGGGGCGCACGUCGACGAAGCCCUGUUCCCUGCGGCGAACACCCACGAACACCUGCCCCGCCUCAUUAAAAAAAAACAUAGGUGUAUGCAGCCCAAAGAUUUUACUCCUAAAACACCAGAAAAUGAUAAGAGACUUCAAAAGAAAUUUGAGAAAAUGGCUAAUGAGCUACAAAGGCAAAAAACAACAUUAGAUAACGACGUCCCUGUCCUCUUGUUUGAGUCCAAUGGCGCCUUGAUGUACAGCCCCACAGCGACGGCGUACAGAGGUCGUCACCGCGCCAUGGAGCAGAGGCUGCAGGAGAUGAAGGAGAAGCGGGCAAACCUCUCCCCGACCUCUUCCCAGAUGAUGGAAAAGUCUUUCGAUAACCCAGCUCACGCCUCCUGUGAAGCGUCUUUGAAUAUCUCACAUGACACUUUGUGUUCAGAGGACUCCUGGGCUGGCGGCCUGCAGUCAUCUUUGGACGAUCCUUGUGGAGACUCGGGGCAUGGGGAUCAGGAGAGGAAAUUGGGAGGACCCGCUGACGACACUAGAAGCCCCCUGUGUGCUUCGUCACCGGCAUUGGAAACGAGCAGCGUCCGCUCACCCGCGUCUCCCAGGUACCUCGGCCAGCUAGCACCUCAGAUGCCUGAGUGCCAUCGUGCGGAGGAGAUCGCGGGUUGGCAGACGGACCCUGCAGGCGCGGCGGCCACCCCUGACCAGCAGCCUUCGGUAACUCAAGGCCACCAUCUGGGACACUCAGCCAGGAGCUCCUCCUCGAAGAGAAAGCGCCCGUCGGAGCACGCCCACGCGCCCCCGGAGGGGAGGCCGAAGAAGCCCAAGUGCGGCCGGAAGUCUGCUGUGCAGCUGUUCCCCUCCCCCAGGGGCCAGGCCCCGGCCAGCCCUGCUGUGGGGACUCCUCCUGGGGGCACGUCCUCCUAUGAGGAUUACUUCUCUCCAGACAACCUCCGGGAGAGGAGCCUGGGGACUCUCCCUCCAGGGCUGCAGUCACCUCCCGGCCCCGCCCACCCCCCCUGCAGAGCCGGGCUCUCCAGGCGGGAGCGAGCCAGCAUCCUGGGCAUGUCCGACUUCUCCUGCCUGGGCAAGGACCCCAGCUUGGUCCCCACUACCAGUGCCACCGCCCAGGCCAGCCCCGGGCUUCAUGCACCUGCAAGUGGGGGGUCCCACACACCUUUCCUGAGGAACAUGCCUGCUGCCGAGGACGCUCCGGGGCGCGGCCCCCCUGAGGAUGCUCAGAGAGGAGACGGGGGCCCUGAGGGACACCACGGGGCCGUCACCCCCGGCGGUAAGGAGAGCGGGGACCCGGCGGACAUGAGGCGCCCGCGGGAAGAGGACGCCACCUCUGGACGGUUGAGUUCCCCUGCAGGUGUCAGGCCUGGACCGGCGAGGCAGGAUGUCCCGGAAGGCGCCCAGGAAGGCCGUGAGGACCUCGCCAGACCCGCAGCCGCGAAGAAGAGAGGGAGAGGCCCCAAGCCAGUGAGAACAUUGGUCAUGACCAGCAUGCCAGCUGACAAGCAGAGCAUCGUCACCCGGGUGGUGGCCAAACUGAAAGGCUUCUCGUUGGCCCGAGAAGUGUGUGAGAGCACCACCCACGUGCUGGCCGGGCAGGCGCUGCGCACCCUCAACGUGCUGCUGGGCCUGGCGCGCGGCUGCUGGAUCCUCUCCUACGAGUGGGUCCUGUGGUCUUUGGAACUGGGUCACUGGAUUUCUGAGGAACCCUUCGAGCUCUCCGACUCCUUUCCCGCCGCUCCGCUCUGCCGCCAGGAGCGCCACCUGUCCGCGGGGCAGUACCAGGGGACGCUGUUCGCCGAGCAGCCCACGAUGUUCAUCUCACCAGCCAGCGACCCCCCCAGAGCCAAGCUGUGGGAGCUGGUCCUCCUGUGUGGGGGUCGGGUCACCGGGGUCCCUCGCCAGGCCAGCCUCUUCAUCGGGCCCUGCCAGGGGAGGAGGAAGGAGACCGUCACGUACCUGUCGGAGAAGUGGAUCCUUGACUCGGUGACCCAGCACGUGGUCUGCGCCUGCGAGGACUACCUGCAGCGGCAGUGACGCCGCCCGCACCUG